UAAGUUCAUUUAGUAACUGCUUCAGCUGCUUUGGAACAUCACUACUUCGCCAAGAUGAAGACCCUGCUGGUAUUAGCUGCGUUUGCUGCAGUGACUUAUGCUAAUAACGUGCAUCUAUCACAAUCACAAAAGGACAAGGUACAACAGUACACCGUAGAAUGCAUGAAACAAUCCGGGGUCAAACCCGAAGUUUUGGCCGAAGCGAAGAAGCAGAAUUUCAAGGAUGACGAAGCGUUGAAGAAGUUCAUGCUGUGCUUCUUCCAAAAGUCCGGGAUUAUGGACCGCGAUGGAAGAUUGAACGUCGACGUGGCUCUAUCGAAGUUGCCCCAGGGCGCGGAUAAGGCUGGAGUUAAGAAGGCUCUGGAAGAAUGUAGGACAAAGAAAGGCAGAGACUCCGCUGAUACUGCUUUUGAAGUUUUCAAGUGUUAUCAUCGCGCUACUCCCACUCAUGUUGUGUUUUAACAAAAAUAAUGAUCAUGUUUACAUCGUACGUUUAUAUAAUUUAAAACCUACGUUUU